AUGCUGCGGGACGAGGCGGCCCCGGACGAGGUCUUCCUCGUGCAGGACUGCCCCACGGUGUGUCUGGACGACGGGUUCGAUCUGCUCGACCUCGGAGAGGCCCCCGGGGACUGGAUGCUGCCGGACGAGCGGGCUGCUCUGGAUCCUGCACUGACCGAGUCGACGUCGCCGGGCGCGCAGCUGCGGCUGCGGUACGAGUACGUCGAGGCCGAGCGCGUCUUCCGCGACCUCCCCACGCGCGCCGCCAUGCGUAUAGGCCACCGUGCGGAGCAGGACGAGCGCAGCGCGCCUGCCGCCGGGCCGUCGGCGGGCAUGUCCGCGGCCACGGACCGUAAGCCAGAGCCGCUGCGUGCGCUGGAGCUGUUCCCGGGCGUCGGGACCCUCUCGGUUGGCUUGGAAGCCGCGGGCGCCUCGAAGACGCUGUGGGCCUUCGAGGGCAAUGUGGACGCGGCCUUCGCGAUGCAGGCCAGCUUGCCCGACGCGGAGAUCUUCCUCGAGGACGGCGGCCACGGCCUGCGCCUCGCGUGCGCCGCCGCAGCGGGCAGCGUCGCCGGCGACGAGCGCCUGCCGCGCCAGGGCGAUGUGGAGCUCGUCUGCGGCGCACCGCCGUGCGAGUGCCUCUCUAACCCAAACGGAGGCCCUCCCGUGCCGUCCAUGCUCUCGUUCAACGCAUUUACACCCAUGUUUCUGUCAUAUUGCGAAUUCUACCAACCCUCGCUUAUCAUUAUGGCGAACGCGCCCGAGGUGGCCACGCACUACGGCGGCACGACGCUGCAGAAGAUCGUACGCACGAUGCUGGAGCUGGGGUACCAGGUGAGAUUCGGCGAGGUCAGCGCCAGGGCGUUUGGGAUGGAGUCAGACCAGAGCUGGCUGUUCGUGAUCGGCGCGCGUAGGGGCCGCAAGCGGAUUCCUGAGUUGCCCUCGCCCGCGCACCUGCACGCGCUCGCUGGAGACGCCAUGGACGUCGAUCCCGAGAAACCCGCCGCCCCGUUCGGCGUGUGA